AAGUAAAAAGGCAGUAGCUGGGGGAGGGGAAUAGGGGCUGGACGACCUCCCCACCUCCACCCCAAUGUACACAUCCACAGCCUCAGGGCUGAAAGCAGCCCACAGUCACUAGCCUGGGGAGGGUCCCUGCGUGUGUCAAGGGUGAGGGAAAUAGAUACUGGACCCAGGGAGCUCUCUGCACCAAGUUGGCCUGCAAGGCCUCCAGGGACCAAUUUACCAACAGCUGGACUUGAUCACCAGCUUGCAAACUGAGAUCAUGCAUGGGGUGGAACAACAAGUGACCGUUGCUCUGCGGCUGUGCAAGAAGUUGUUUUCUGAGGAUUUGCCACAGCAGCGGCUACAAAGCUGGAACCACCACCUGGACCCCGAGUCGUCUUCUAGAACCACAACGUAAGGGGUUUCACGCCCGGAAGUCUGUAGGAUGAUGGUCCUUCAGCGAGUUUCUGCCCUUCUGCUUCUGUUCCUUGCAGCAUUUCUGCCUCCACCACAGUGUGCGCAGGACCCUGCCAUGGUACAUUACAUCUACCAGCGCUUUCGAGUCUUGGAGCAAGGGCUGGAAAAAUGCACACAAGCUACAAGGGCAUAUAUUCAAGACUUCCGAGAAUUCUCAAAGAACAUGACCGUUAUGCUGGGCAGAUGUCAGACCCGCACAAGUGAGUAUAAGAGUGCAGUAAAUAACCUGGCACUAAGGGUUGAACGUGCCCAACGGGAGAUCGACUACCUAGAAUACCUCCGAGAAGCUGACGUGUGCGUGGAAUCAGAGGACAAGACACUGGCAGAAAAGAUACUUCAAGAAGCGGAAGAAGAGAAGAAGAUCCGGACUCUGUUGAAUGCAAGCUGUGACAACAUGCUGAUGGGCAUCAAGUCUCUGAAAAUAGUAAAGAAGACUAUGAACACAGAUGGCUCUUGGAUGAAAGAUACUGUCAGUGACUCUCCAAAGGUGUAUUUCUUAAUUGGAUCCAGAAACAACACGGUUUGGGAAUUUGCAAACAUGCGAGCAUUCAUGGAGGACAGCACCAAGCCAGCCCCCCGAAAGCUAAUCCUAACUCUUCCCUGGCAGGGAUCAGGCCAAGUGAUCUACAAAGGUUUUCUUUUUUUUCAUAACCAAGGGACUGCUAAUGAGAUCAUCAAAUAUAAUCUGCAGAAGAGGACUGUGGAAGAUCGAAUGCUGCUCCCAGGAGGGGCAGGCAGAGCACCAGCCUACCAGCACUCUCCCUCCAUCUACAUUGACCUGGCUGUGGAUGAGCAUGGGCUCUGGGCCAUCCACACAGGGCCAGGCACCCAGGGCCAUUUGGUUCUCACAAAAAUUGAUCCUGGGACACUGGGAGUAGAGCACUCCUGGGAUACCCCAUGCAGAAGCCAGGAUGCCGAAGCCUCGUUCCUCUUGUGUGGGGUUCUCUAUGUGGUCUACAAUUUGGGGGGCCAGGGCCCUCAUCGCAUCACUUGUGUCUAUGAUCCACUAGGCACUAUUAACGAAGAAGACCUGCCCAAAUUGUUCUUCCCUAGGCGGCCAAGAAGUCACUCCAUGAUCCAUUACAACCCCAGAGAUAAGCAGCUCUAUGCCUGGAAUGAAGGAAACCAGAUCAUUUACAAACUCCAGACAAAGAGAAAGCUGUCUCUGGAGUAAUGCAUCACAGCCAGUGGGACAGCAUGGUUGGUUUGGCAGCUGCUGUCCAGGACAUUGAGAACACAGCCUCUUCAUUAUAUAGUAUCCCCUUAACCACCACAGGAAUAUGGUCUGGAAGUGGGAAUACAUAUGCGUCCUUGCCCAGAUGCCACUGCCGUUGGUGUCUUCUAAGAGUUUAGAUAAGAUUCUAUCAGUUGGAGUUUUUCAACAGCUUCCAUUACUCAUCCAAACCUUUUGCCUUUUAAGGCUUUCCACAUUCUGAUCCAGUUUCCCUCCAGCCUUUCCUUGCUCUCCUCCACGCCACAUUUGGGAUUGUAUGCCACUAGCAUCUCUCUCCUCUGGCCUUUGCUCAAGCUCUUCUCUAGGUCUCAAAUGUCUAUUGAUAUGCUCCCACUUUUACUGCCCAACUAAAGUACUAUUUCUUAUUGAUGAUUAAUCUCUAUUUUCCCUAGCCCUGCCCUUCCUCCAAGCUAGGUGGAUAUGAUAAUGCGAUGAAAACAUAAACAUUUGAAUACCACUUUGCAGUUACAAAGUGUUUGCACAUCAUUUAAUUUUCAUCUCACGCUUGUGAGAUAUGCACAAAAAUCUUUAUAAUUGUCAUUUAAAGAUGAGGAGCAUUUAGGUGAGUUAUUCAAAGUAAUACAAUUGUAAGAUGAAGGAACGAGCCAGAAAAUACUACACACUGCAUAGUCCUUCGAUUGCCCAAGGAAGCAUCAAAUAUGUAUGUUUGCUCAUCCAGCCUUCUAUAAUCAAUGUGUUCAUCAGUUCAGCCUAAAAACAACAGUAUGUCCCUUUAGUCAGCUUUCGUGUCUGCGCUUGUCCUGCCUAUAGGCCUUUGAAAAGCCACUUCCCCCAGAAAACUUGCCCGAGGCUGAGGACUUCACCUCUAGCCUCAUCGUGUCUACUGUCCUCUGCUUCUCUUCUCUUGCUUUAAAUAAAUACAAUAAAAGUGACAUUAAGCAAAUAA